ACAGAGGUGGUUAACAAGUUGCUCACCACUAUGAUACGCACUUUUAUAGAAGGCAAGCAAGAUCAGUGGUCAGUUUGGUUGCACUUGCUGGAAUUCACAUACAAUAGUGCUGUCCACUCCUCAACAGGGACUACUCUGUUCCAUCUGCUACUAGGCUUCCAUCCUAGAACACCACUAGACUUC